AUGUUCAAGAAGUUCAAGGGUGUAAGAAGGGGAGACACUCUCCGGGUUCCCCAAUUCUGGUCCAUGGUCAUACAGUCACACCUUAUUAUCACCUGCGGACCGAGUGCUCUCCACGAACUCUUCGACGGCAGUGUUGAGUUCAUCUCUGGGGACUACCUUCGUACGGACGGACCCAGUCUAGUUCAGGUCACCGAUUUCUACGGACAAGUCACGUACGUACCGCUCAAGCUGUGCUCAACAUACGUCGCACUACGUCGUAACAUUGAGAGCAAGUGUCUCGAAGACAGCGAAGAAGAUAGUGAAGACUAUGUCAUACAUCUGGGGUCAGAUGACUCAGUACUGGAGGCAGACCAAUGGCCACACAUCAUGAAAUCCGAACGAUCUGCAAUGAUCGUUUUGCGUCUCAAUCGGAAGAGCACGAGCAGGGAUAUGUCCUUGAUCGAUCGUUCACGUAGUGAACAAGGAAAGAUUGAGUAUGGUGAUCUAAGCUCCGAACAUAACUCAACAGAUGAAGACAAGACUAAAGCACUUAUCCUAAGGCGACAUUUCAACGAUGUCGAGCAGAGUCGCCAAUCGAAAUACGUUGGCGCAACCAGUGAGCUUUUAGCAAGGCAAGGUUAUGUCGUGAAUGACCCCGGCUCGCUCGUGGGUGGCAGCAACCCUAUUACUAGCCCGAAGCCGAUCAUCUUCCGCCGUCCAGAGCGUAUGGUAAGGCCACCUUUUGCACAAGAUGGCCUUCAUGUUGCCAGGGCCAUUACGUAUGAGAGCGAAAAUGCGGUUCACAUCAGCAGUAGUUCGUAUGCAUCCAUUGUUGGCACCAAAGAGCUUGCUGGUGAGGCUCUAUCGUUCGCGGAAAGAGUGAGUAGUACAUCAUUGGUCGGUGAUGCAGUCGAGACGCCGCACAGUUCAAGGGAGUCUCAUGUACCUGACAUCAUCGACAUAGAAGACGAGGAAAAACCCUCCGGCUCUUUCGAACUUGCGCCUGAUGUCCACGAUACGAAGGGAUACACAGAAAAAGAUGCUCAGUGUUCGUUCUCAUCAUCAUCUCGCUCAAUCAACGAGCGAGAUCAUCCUGAGUUUGAAGAGGAAGAGACCACGUUAGGAGCGAUACGGAAUGCGAUAUCAGAUUGUGAAGAGGGCGUGGAAUCUGGAGUAAAGGCCAAAGCUCGCUUUUCACAAAGUCAACCCAACUUGCACGUUGCCACACAAGACGCCCCAGGAUCAUUCAAAGGGGACGUAAAAGGGGAAGAGCUCGUUGACUCAGAUCUACGACUACAGGAUGAUGCGAAUAUAAUACAGGAAGAAAAGAGACGUCUCAGUAUCGAGGAUAACCCUGGAGACCUAAGGGAUCUUGUGGGUUUACAAGUCAAAGACCUUAAAGGACUAAUAAGUGAAGAAGUUGCUGCUGCGUUGAGGCACAACACUGAUCAAGUCAACCGAGAUGUCCAAAAGCAACUAGAGGUUGAGCUCCGCAAUCGGCUCGCCAAGUCUGGCCUCCUUCCAAAUCUUAUCGAAGCCAUCAUCAAACAAGGAACCGACACAGCACCCGGAAGAGAAGAGCGAUCUCUACCUAACUAUACCAGGAGGCGCAUCUCCAAAGGGAGCGUCAAGAAGGAUCGUGCGCUCAAACACAAGAGCGUCAAGAGCAGAAUCCGCCAAUGGAUGCUUCUCCGUCCGAACAUAACGAUAGAGCUUCACGCGAAAAAACUCUGGACAGAAAUCGCGCAGCCACGACGUAUCGGACGCGAGAAGUUUCCCCAAGUCCCAAGCUUACAAGAUUGA